GGACAGAAAUUCUUCGAAAAUGGCGCAAAUUUUGAUGCUGCUAUCAGUGAUUCUGCUUUAUGCGAGUGUGGCUCAUGCUGGCUUUCUGGACUGGUUUCGCAGCAGUGCUAACAAAGGUCACCAAAUAUGUAAAGUUGAUUUCGAAGUGAUCGAACCUCAAGGCCUGAAAGUUUGGACACCUCAAAAACCGGAAAUGAAAAUGUUCGGCAUCGAACUGUACAUCAAUCCAACCGGGAAAAAAGAUCAAUGCAAUCUGUGUAAAAACACCACCGAAGUGACGCAUGGCAAAUUCUUUGUUAACGAUGAUAACAUGAUUGUUAAAAAGGGUGACGUUCUAGAAUACAUAGCAAUAACAGAUAACGGCAAGACGGUUCAGCGCCAUAAACGCAAGAAGUUGGUUGUUAGCGAUUAUAUAAUUAAGCGACAGGGUCGCUGUGCUUGCUCAUCGCCUGUCCCAUCAUCGAGUGUUCGUGAUCCAGAACCAAGCGGUGAAAUUGAACUACUUGAACGCAUUAUCGCCAACUUAUCCAACCACUGUGCCGAAGGAGUUGUUUCCAAUUACUUGUUCCUGCAAGUAUCAACUCCUGCCGGACCAUCGAACCUAGUGGAACGUGUAAAAUCAUACCUUUCGACAAACGCAGCCUUAAAACCGUACGCCAGCACCGUUACUACAGCUGAAGACUAUGCGGAUGGAAUUGCGUUCCAGGUGAAGUCGAUUGUGGACAAACUUAAAAUUUUGGAACUAACUAACGCCGAUGGUGAUAUUCUGGACUACGAUGGAUUUACUACUGUCGAUAAAAUAGACGUUCGACUAGGAAAUGAUUGAAAAAUUCUUAUCGGUCAACCUCUUUGUAACAUUUCCUACACUCAAAAUCCGCCUUAC